UUAACUCCCUCUCUGUAUUCCUCAACCAUUGUGACUGGAAUGCUUCCCUUGCCCUCUUCUUCUUCUCUUUUCGAUCCGCUCUGGCUUUCAUCUGUUCGUGAGUGGCCAGAUCAUUUCUUAUCGGUGUGGGAAGAAGAUCGUUUGGAUCGUGGGAUAGUAAACGUACAUUUUCUUCGGAGACGCCCUUCGAUCUGAGACGCUGUUGAAAUCUCUCGUGCCGUUGUAUCUCCCGCCGCAUCCUCUCUUCGUUUUGCUGUAAACGCUUUUCCAGUAAGAGGCUGAGGUGACGGUUAUCCAAAGAGCCCGAUAAAGUUUGUGCGAGCGAGUUCUUUAACGCGUGUGUGGUUUCAUCGUCAUCAUCGGCAUCCACGAUUUGGUCCCCGUUAUCGUCUCCUGCAGUGUCCUCUUCGUCUCGGGGAUUUGCGCGUAAAACAGCUAAGAGGUCGGUCGACUGCACAUUUCUUAAAACCUCUUUCUCCGUCUCCAGCAGUGCGCCUUCGUCGUUUGGUGUGUUUAUCUCCGUGUCUUCGUCGUCUUCAUCAGAACUUUCUUCUUCAUCUGUAUCUACCCUCGCUUUCGAUGCAGCCCACACAACACAUUUUAUAGGGUGCUUGCGCAGCCACUAGGCGGCCUUCUUUUUUGGACUUGACAGGCUUUUGAAGAGGUAAUACCUUAGCCUUCGGUCCAUAGCCAGCUGAUAUUCCUCCUUGAAUUGAAGUUUUUGGUGUGCAGUCAUGAACAUGGGACAUAGAUUGAAAAAUGACUUGGCUGUUUUGUACUUGACAUCGUAGGCUGUGUACCCCCCCUGAGUGAGUAUCUUCCAGUCGUCCACAUCGAGGGUCGACGGAGUGGCCUUGUCAAUGAAUAUCAUCUCGGUGUUCUUGCCAAUCAUUGCCUUGUUGAACACUUUUUGCUGGGUUACAGUUGCUACGUUGCUGUGGUGAAUCAGCCCCAGUAUUGGGUAAAACAGGCUUGUCGUUCCGCUGUCGGGCUCACCGACAAGGCAUGGCACUCUCUCUUUGUGCUUCUUUUGGUUGAAAUUCAGCAGCCUCAAGAAAUCUUCGCAAGACAAACCAAUCGCGUUUUCUAUCAGGCUGUUUUUCAAAGCGUCUUGGAAGUAUUUAGGCUGAGGGACUUUGGAGGGAUCAUAACGCGAGAAAGCCCUGGGAGUCACAAGGCCCAUUUCCUCUGCUGGAAUUGCGUUGUUCAAGGACCGUCUUUCCGAGACAGACCAACAUUUCUCUUCGUUCACCUCUAUGAGGUUGUAGUCGACAAUAAUGGGACGAAUUACUUCACAAUCAGGGUCAGCCAGGAUAUCGAUAACUUUUUUCAUGUCCCUCAGCAGUCUUGUCUUGAAUGACUCAUUUGCAGCUAGACUGUUCACAAACGCCUUCACAUCACAUUUGUAGGAGUAGCUGUAAGUGGCACCUUCACACUAUUUAUAAACAGUGCCCCUGUAAAGGGCGUAUUCCAGCCUCCUCAUUGCAAUCGAGAUAUCAUUUAUGAGGACGUUAAGCUUGUCACCUAGCCGUGGUUCCAUGCUGUCACUUGUUCUUUCUUCUUGGGAUUCUUGGCUGUUACCAUCCAAGCCAUAACGAUCAAUCACUAACUUCGCACCCAUCAUUUUGUCUAUUUCUUCAGAAACAAUAGACUUAAACGAGGAUUGGAUGACACGAACGCUGACUACGUUUUCCGUUCCACAUUCCUCCACAUCCAUUGAUUCAGAAUCGCUCAAAAACCCCUCCGCCACAGUCAGAAAACACUGCUGGUAGGAAGAUGUUACUAGGUCCUGCAUAAACUUGUCGUUGUGGUCCUUUAAUACUUUGAAUAGUUGCUUCAUCGCAAGAGAUUCUUUGCCUUGUCGACAGGGAGCCUUAUUUUGAAAAAGAGAAAUAGAAAGUUUGCUUGAGUGAAAUAAAAUAAAAUAAAAAACAAAGUUGAGGCUAUACAACGCUUUAUUUUGCUAUAAGAAAAUACUUUGACAUGAUGAAGAGCCAGGCAUGAGAAAAUAAUUUCAUUCAGAAUCUUGUGAAAAAUUUACCUUGAUGUAUACUGCAAAGACUAACCGUAAAAAGACAGUAUGUUAACUAUUCUGCAGAUUGUUAGUAAUAGUUUAGACUAGGGCGGGGCUAGACAUAUUUUGCAUCCAGCAGGGAUACAAUUAUACUUAAAUAAAAUCCUACAAAUAAACAAUCCUAGAAGUAUUCCCUGUAAAACUCCUGUAAUCACCAACUUGUGAGGAAAACAGAAACCCUUAAAAAAGCUUAUUAAAUGUUGUUUUACCUUAAAUGUUUGUACAACAAAACUCUAGGACGAAUGCUAUAAAAACUCUGAUUUGGAAAUAAAAUAAAGUUGUUGUUCUCUUUUUUAAAAGAUCCGCACGUUUGUAAAAACGAUUAAUUUAUGAUGCACGAAGGGAAAACGUACCGUGUUUGCGACUGCAUGAACGCCACAUUCAAGUAAGGCGCGGUGAAUUGUGAUGGGAUUUGCUGGGGUUCCAUUAGGUGUACUCAGCGCAAUCCAAUAAUUUAUGGCGGGAAGAGGCUUUUUGUUCACCAAAGCUGGGUGGCUAGAAAUCCAGCUUUGGCUUGAAGAACUUGACACUUGACUUGUGAAAUGCUCGCUAUCGCUUUCCUUUCCGUUAUCCUCUAGGUUUUUUUGAUUUUUCUUCGUCGCUUUCUUUGGCCCUUCUGUGCCGAUAGCACUAAAGAAAAAGGCCACACUUUGUACUCCUGCAAAAAAUGAUAUCGAAAUCAGGUUUGCUUAUUCAACCGAUCGAUUCGUAAUAAGGAUUCAUAAUUGACAUUUUAAUUCAUUUUGAAUACAACCCUUGCAACGCCUUGUCGCAAGCGUCUCGCGUCCUGCACACCUCGUUCCAUCCUCUCUGUGGGUCUUCAUCGAUAUUGCAUGUACACUUACAACUCUCUACACUACAUUUGUCCACAACUAUUGGACUUAAAUAGCACAAAGCAGCUCCUUUAAUAUUCUCACUGUUCAGUUGGCGACAAGGAAAAUUUGCUCUUUGCUCGCUCGUGAAGCGAAAGCAUGUCACUUUACUGUGAAUAAUUAUAUCAAUGAAAUUUUCCCAGUAGACAAAUUAAUUCUGACACCCUUAUCCAUCGCCCAACCUUAGUCACACAGGGUUAUUACGUAAUCCAAAAUGUGAUAAUUGACAAUUAUUACUGAAGACUAUUUGAGAUAAAUUAGCGACUUGAUCCCGUUUCCGUGAAAUCCGUGAAAUCUGCAAAAUCCUAUGACAGAAAAACCUUCUUUGUGCUGAAUUCCAGCUACUGAAAUCCACAUGAACUGCUAGUUUUACCCUCAAAAAGAAAUAAAAACAAUAAUAUCAAUAAUAAUAAUAAUAAUAAUUAUUAUUAUUAAAAUAAUAAUAAAAUAAUAAUAAUAAUUAUUAUUUUUAUUAUGAUUGUUAUUAUAUAUCUUAUCCGCCUUUUCCGUGAAAUCCGUUGUAUUCAGCCCAAAAGUAGAGUUUCUUCUUUGAUACUUUAAUUAAAAUUCUUAUUUCCUUUAAGUCCAAGAAAUCCGUAUUGUCCACUCUUAUGGAAUACAACGCUGGUGUCCGUCAAUGUCAAUUAUAAUUUUAUUCCGGUGGAAGGUUUUCCGGAUUUGGCGGAUUUAUUUGAUUUUUUUCUCUAUUUCACUCAAUGUGUUUUAGAAACAGGAGAGUGACGUAUGCGUUUGUUUUGAUUUAACCUCAAAAUUCUCAAUGAACGAUACAACCAGUAUUAUGAAGUAAGAUCGCCCCGGGUAAACACUUGUUUGCUGAUAUAAAUUUAAGGCUAACAUUUCUUCAUACAGUAUAGGAACAACCGUUCCUUUCAAUGGCCGUGCCUCUCACGAGGAACGCUUUCGCGGAAAAACGUACAGAUUUAUUUGCAGUUUCUAGCAAAAGAUCUGAGAAUGUGCUUUUUAGCUUUUUUCUGCAUAAAACUCAAAACAUAUAGUUUUAGAAAGAUCUUUGCAGUACUUAGGAUUAUUUUAAGGCUUCAAAACAAGGGAACUGAAUUUUUGGGAAACGAUCAUUAUCAUCAUCUGAUCAUAAUCAUGAGCGGCAACAGCAGCAGAAGCAUCAUCAUCAUCAGUACCAUCUUUAUUAUCAUCACAUCAACAUCUUCACCAUUAUCACUAUCAUCAUCAUCAUCAUCAUUACAAAACCAUUUUCAUCAUCAUUAUCAUCAUCAUCGUCGUCGUCAUGUUGAACAUGUUGAAAACAAGGUGGAAUGUAUGCCAGAUUCGGUGGGACACCAUUGUUAUUUUAUUUUACAAUGUACAAAAGCGCUCCAGUUUAAAAAAAGGGCUAAAUUUUAAUAUUAAUAAUAUUAAUAAAAUUACUUCACAGUCGAAACUAUAUAUUGAUUGCAAUGAUUGCGGCACAGUAUAUGUAUUUUGAUUACUAAAUCACAUUUACAAGUUGUUGAACUUUCUACAAACGCGAACAUUAAUUCCCAGUAAGCAAAAUCGCGAAUAGCAAAAAAGUAUAUAUAUAUUCCCGCAAAAUACCAGCUCUGGAAUCAAUCGCCCAUCCCCAAACAAGAAAAAGGAAGCAGGACAUGCACCUGAAAGUCUCUGGUUACCAUUCACCAGAAAUGAGUGCUAGCCAGUGAAGUGGAAAGGCUGGUAUUCAGUGUUUGCAUGAAUACCCAAUUUUUCACUUUUUAUUUCAACUGCAUGACUAAAUAGCCCGGCUGAACAAGGCUACACAUGAUACCUGUGAUUUGCAUUACCAUACUUUCCCCGAACAAACGUCCAGAAAAAAAAAUCUGGACCGGAAAUUUUGGAAAUUAGGAAGAGUUGCUUAUCUGCCCAUGGGGCAGAUGGAGACAAUUUAAAAAUUUUAAAUGCGCCGGGGUUUCGUUGGGUUGUCCAGGGUAUGUUAAAGUAUCGAGACCCUCGUUCGAGUUGAUCGGCACCAGCCUCGACUUUAGAAAUAGAAAGAGUGCAUUUUUAUGCUAUUAUCAAACUGCCACCAAUUUCUUUCACUCUGCACAGAACGCAAGAACUUACUGGAUUUUGAAGUCGCGUUGACGUAAGUGCCUGCGUGGGUAUGAAUAAAUACUGAGACUAAUUAGACGAAGCGAGUGUGACUCACGCAGUCGAUUCCUUAUUUUACAGUUAUGGUCCAGAAUGAAAGCAACGCUUUGAAAAACACACUAUUUUAGCUUACCUGUAUCGUUUAAGCAACACAAUGACAACAAAUCACUACAUAAAUGAGCCAAAAUUGUCAUUUAUCUAUCUCGAAUCUAUCGCGUGAUGCCUUGUUGUUUGUGACCUAAAUUUUAGGUCAGAUUGCAAUUUUAUGGAAAUUUAGACGGGGCUCGCUCAAAACCUUUACAAGAUCCCAGAAAAACAAAACUGUAACUUUUAAGGACUGUAUUUCAGGAAUUUAUGGUAGCAAUCUCAACGAUUUUCAGGCACUAACACAUAACUUUCCAUCGCGAUGAUUUAACCCUACUUUUGCAUGUCCUUGAAGGGCUGUAAUGUUUUCUUCAAAUUUCGAGUUUAUUUCUUACAGAAAUAACCCGAGAGGAAAACUAUCCAUAUGUUUUAAUAAAACAAUGCCCCUACUGAAUAGUUAUGGUAAAAGAAGACUGGCUGCUAUGGUUAAGAUCGAACACGACUGUUUUGAACAUAGUGAAAUUUUGAGCUGGCGCGUAGGCAAAUACGGCAAAAUUAUUGUUAACGGUUUAUUUCAAAAGAAAAGCAUAUUUCAAAAAACUAGUUCCAUUUUACUGAAGGUAGUACAUUAGCCUUUCCCUGGACGAAAAAUGAGCCGAAUCAAUUUUUUGACUGUGGCCACGAAUUUUAGAUUUUUGUUUGAUUUUUACUGACAUUCACUCUUAAUGUCGCGGAUCUGCUUCUCCUGAAAACGUUUUGUUCCACCAUUUUCGUUUCCUGUUUUUAUCUCACGUAUUUUAUGGAACAUUAGCCUGUUUCAGGCUCCGAGAUAGUCGGGUCCACUGAACUGAGGGAGCGUGAACAUGAAAAUAAAACGGGAGGAAACUGGGAGAGGAGGGGCUAUCCCUUCCUUUUUCUUUUUCCCGCUCCGCCAACUUUUCGCGUGCCUUUCUGGAACAGGCUAAUGGUAUAUGUGUGAAAAUCUUCAUUUUGAAUCGGUAUAGUCAAGAGAGAAUGAGCUCUCUCUUGGUAUAGUAUAUUUCAAAGAGCUACUCAACGAGCAAGAUAACUAUUGACUGACAACAUCCAGAUCAAGGGGCACGCGCAGUGUCAACUAUUACUAGUAAUACUCUAGAGAACUGUUUCUUUUAAAUUUCGUCUUAUUCUCGUCCUUAUGUACGCAUAAGUUUAAAAAGUUUAAGUUUAAACUUAUUAAACUUCUAUUUAUGAAAAGACAAAGGGUCAAGUUUCCCGGUGACCACUAUUAGGAAACCAAAACACACAAGCUGAAGAGGUCUAUUAACGGGCCUGAAAAGCUGUUGUCGUUUACAUUAAAGCGCGAAGUUUCAGUAGGUUUACAAAUAAUAUGAUAAAACUGUCAGUAUAUAAUUUGAAUAUUUGAUUUCGGGCCCGCAAAGUUACCGGGACUUUCGAGAAACGGGCCCCGGCAUAGCCCCUUGGCGUUCUCGGCUCGGUCAAUCCUGGGCCGGGUUGUUGUUCCAACCUCGUCCCCAGAGCGCUUUUCCCUGGCUUUGGAGGUGGGGUAGAUUGCGAGCAGUCCCUUAGGAUGGUCACGCGAGCGAGGAAAGUGCGAGCGAGAAAAUCGAGCGAAGCGAGCGAAAGCCGAGGGGAAGCUCGGCCAAUUCGCUCUCUCCAGUCCUGGCAAGCUUAGACUUGACUGACUGAAGAGGGACUGCUCGCAGUCUAGAGGUGGGGCGGAAAAAGGCCCGGGCAUCGGCCGGCCAAUCCGUCAUUUUGAUUGGUUGAUUGAUUUAGGUAAUUCAUGUAAGAAAAUGGCAAAAUGAAAAUAAUUUAUGCAUUACACCGAGAUCGAAAUGGCGGAAAGUACGUCCACUACAACGAAGAUUUUUGCGAGAAAUCCAGUGGUGGUUCUCAUGAGAGUCGCUACAUACUUUGAAUAUUCAGCAAGGCCGGCUUAUCUAAAGAUCUGUAUUCAAAAGUUUAUAAAACCUGUCGUAUAAGAAUUUCUGAGGACAAUACGAGGUCAGCAGUGUUAUGUAGGAGUGGGGUUACAGUCGUAGACAAGAUGGACUAGUUUUUUCGGAAGACUCAAUGAAAUCUGUAGACAUAACGCCUGGUCUAAGCUCAGAAUAUUCUGUAAAGCGAUGCGUUGAACUUUUACCGUCUUCGUAUCAGCCGUCGAAGCGUCCAUCAAAGGAUAUGUCACUCGAAAGCUUCGAUGUGAAUGAACCGCAAUAAAAGGGGUGAUAGGCCAACACGACUUUUACUUAAUGCCAAAAUGAUGCUUGUUAUCAUAAGUUAUUUUUGUCUGCUGGUAGAUUAUGCUCUAGAAGGUUUUACAUUUUCACUGAGCAAAUGUGAUUUUAGCCGCUUGUUUCACACUUAGUGGUCAUGGCACACACUUCGAUUUACCGUGGUUUUUGUUUCUGGUGGGCAGGAUUCCCUCUGAUGCAAGAGCAGUUUCUUUGACCUCUUUUCAAGCGUAAAGCUUUUUAUUACGGUUGAAUAAGGGUUCUAAUUUUCUCCAAAGUGCCUUUUGGAGCUGAAUAACUAAGCGAUUUUCUUUAGUCCGUGAAUGUAAUGUUGUAUCACGCUGGUCCCAGUUUGUUAGUUUUCUUAUAAGCUUUCCAGGAUGUUAAAUUAUACGGAUAGUGAUUUACAAGUCCAAAUUUGGAUUGUUUUAAUUUGUUAUUGCCACUUUGUGAUCAGGCAAGACCAUGGUUUUGGUUCGCCACGCGAACCUCAUUAGUUGUCGGGUUGGCUUUGUGCUUAGUUGCUUGUACAAUUAGAGUAACUUUAGUUGUUCUUUAUCGUGGCGAGAACGGUACAGCCGUGAAAUAGCAUCGACUUGCCAGAUCCAGUUGGGAAGACUCCAAUAACAUCCUAGCCUUUCAGGAUACACUCGAAACACUUUACUUGAAGAGGUUUAAAAUUAAGUGAUGGAAAGUUACCGUUUCAGGGAAAAUCCGACCCGGCGAAGCACUGAUAAAGACUCUGGUCUAACGCCAUCUUCAAUGUUUUAUUUAUCGUAUACGAUCGUAUGCUAAUUUAGUACACCCACAAAUUCUGGGUGACUAGUCGAUGCCAGGGCCUUUUCCCGCCCCAACCCCAAAGCCAGGGAAAAAGCUCCCUGGGGACGAGGUUGGGGUUGUUCAAAGCAGGGUUAAGAUAACUCAGGGUUAGUGCGAAGUAUAAAUUCAGAUAUGAAAACUUAAAAAGCAAAUUCAGUUUAUUUCUUUUUGCCUGCAAUGUAAUGAAUUGAUGCUCUAUCAAGAAUAGUGAAAAUUGUCCGGGAAAAUGCUUUUGAGCAAACGAAUAAGAAGCCAAGAUUAAACUUUAAUCCUGAGUUAGCGCUAAUCGGCUUUCGACCAACUGGGUCUUGGACUCUACCGUGAACUGUGACGUCACCGAGAGAGACUCUCUCGUUCUUUCCCAGACUUCGCGCGGACAACGGGCAAGAUAGGACGCCUAGGGACUAGGCUGGAGUCCCAGGGCUUUUCUCUUGGACUCUGGGAGGGUUCCAUCCAAGAUAUACAUGAGAAAGGCCCUGAAGAUGGCUCACACGACAGCCGGGAGAUAAGGGGCAGUUCUAACCUAGUGGGCAUAACUUGAAUUUCUCUUUCUUCAGGUUGAAUGUGUCUUCAUGACUGAUGGACUCAUAACAAACCGAACUCAACGUAACCUUAUUUUAAACGAAAAGGAUGAAUACAAGGAUAUUAAGCUUCAGCUUCUCAAAGGAGGCCGUGGGCAGUUUGGAUUCCGCUUCCUUAACCAAAUCAAAUGGGCAGCGGCGAAAUUUAACUUUCAGUACCUACUUAGAAUCGAUGAUGACUACUUCCUGUGUUUAAAAAGGCUUCUUUCUGAGCUUCCAUUGAGGCCGAAACAAAAUCUAGUCUGGGGAUUUUUCCACUGUCAAGCAGGAAUCACAUGGCUGGAUGAAGCAUUUAUGAUAUUCUCUGAAGAUAUCAUUCAAAAGUUCUUGGCGCAGAACCAAAGCUCGAUGUUGUGUCAUCCACAUGCGGACCAACAAGUCAUGUUGUGGCUGAGCAAUAUUCUACACAAAACAUACUUCCACGAUACUAGGUUACAUCAUGCGCCUCCAGCGUCAUUUGUUGCUCGAUUUAGUAGCAUCUCGAAUGUUUGUGACUCCCAUUUGGGCGCGCAUGGAGCAUACGGUAAGACCAUGUAUUAUCUCGGGCUGAGGGCUAAUGACAGCAGUAAAGACGUUUCAGCUAUUCCUGUUUUUGCAAGAUUUUGUAACAACACAAAGUUUGAUCACCGUGUAUUUAAUCCUGAGUGGCGAUAUGAACCCAAGCCCUGCAAAGGUAACCCAACAUGGAACUUGGGAAAUGAAAUGUGGCUUGGUAAAGAAGCUGGUCAAGGAGUGUAG